AUGUUUCAUAUUAAUCUUAUUUACAUAUAUUUAAAAAAGGUAUUAUAUAUCCCUUGUAUGUUCUCAUUUUGGAAACAUAUUGAUAAUGCUUGCUACAAAUUCCUUUUUUAUAUUGGAAUAACGGAUUUAUUAAUUCUCUGGAUAUGUGGAUUUGAAACUGCAAUUUUUGGAAUGACAGGAGUUGUUUUUUGUUCUUCCCCUUUGCUUGUCUAUAUUAGCGGAAAUUUAGGAAAUGCUAUAUGGGCAGCUGAAACAGUUGCCGAGGCGACAUUAGCUUUUAACAGAUGUUUGGAUACAAUAUCCCCGAGGAUUUCUUCUGCACUUUUUACGGACAAAAAAACAUGGAUAUGGUUGUCUAUAAUAACUUUAUAUGCAAUUUAUUGGGUCUUCUAUAUGCCGCCAGUUUUAUUUUCAAGUUUAUAUUUUGGUUGGUUUUUUGAGCCAUAUGUUGGGGGAUAUAAAAAUGUUACAGAACAAUAUUCAUCAAUUUUACAUUCAAUCCACAAUAUGUCUUUAGCUUUUUUCUUUCCAAUUUGCUACAUUUGUUUUGCAAUUGUUUUAUUUAUAAAGAAAAGAAUGUAUGGGGCAUCAGCUCCAAAUCAAGUUUCGAAUGUUGAUUUAGUGAUAAUUCUUCAAAUAUUUUUAAUUAGUGUAAUUAAUUUUACUGCGGCAAGUUUAUACGAUUAUAUGCAAUAUGCAGAGGUUAAUGAAGCAAUUAUAAUUACAGCAACAUUUAGCUGGUUUCAUGUCCAUGGUUUUCCACCAAUUAUUUAUUUACUUUUAAACAAAACAAUUCGAAAUGACAGCAAAAAACUUUUUUAUAAAAUAUUUAAAAAAGACAAAGUUACUCACAUUCAUGGUGUCACAGUUCUCGCUAAAAAUAAUACUAAAAAUCGUAUUGGAGUAACAAAUAAUUCAAGAAUGUUAACUAACACGAAUCAAUCUAGAACAAUAACAAAACAAACAAAUAAUUUACCGAAUACUAUAUCCGGAAAUUAA